UUCGAGUCCGUGCAGUGCUUGCGAGCGGAGUCAGCUCCAAAACAGCUGAGGCCGAGUGCAGAAAGUGCAGAAAGUAAAGAAAAAGCAAAGUAAAUGCAAAAAGCAAAGUAAAAAGCAAACAAGUGCAGUUCACUGUGUAUCUGUGUGUGUCUCUAUUUCCCUCUAUGUGUGUGUAUGUGUCAGUGUAUGUGUGAUAGCAUAGAUACAGAGAUACUUACACAUUUUCAGCCAGCUAGUGAAAACAAACGAGGCCAGCAAUUGAAAAUUGUAAAUAAACUGUGCACAAAACUCUGCAAUUGCAAACAAUAAAGUGCAAAAAUUAAACAACAAUAACGAAUAUUAAAUAGAGCAAAUCACAUUUGUUGAGUUGACAAAAUACGACGCACAAUCUACAAGGAAACCAUGUCGACGCUUCCCUUUCUGCUGAGCGUUGCCGACGAGCUGGACAACAUCCAUACGCAAUCGUACAUGGAUGACUUUGGUCUGGGCUUCCAUCCGCAUCGACAGUAUUAUCGGACGCCAACAAUUCAGCUGUCGCUGCCCGCCAGCACCGAUUGGACUGGCCGUGAUUGGCAGGGACGACAUGCGCGUUAUCGCAGCUACAAAUUUUACGAUGAUACGCAGAAUAAUCUGGAGGAAGAGCAGGAGGAUGAGGAGCAGAAGCGACAGCAGCAGCAGCAGUUGCUCGAAGGCGAACAGCAGCUGCAACAGCUGCAUCAACACAAGCAGCAACAUCAACAACAACAACAGCAACAACAACAGCAACAUCAGCAGCAACAUCAGCAGCAGCAACAACAACAGGAACAUACUGCCAACUUGGUCAUGGUUAAAUCGAAUUCGCACGAUGUGGGCGUAGGCGGCAUGGGACUCAACCUGAAAGCAGGCGAGGAAGAGGACGACGAGAACAUCGAUCGCACUGUGCGCAUGUAUAAUCUUUCGAAGAAAUGCUGCAAGAAUUACUAUCGACAUGCUCUGGAGAUGGAUGCCGGCGGGGCAAGUGCAAGUGGACGCACAAAGUGCAGCAAUCUUCGAGCUGGCAGCCAUCAGACGCCCACGGAAUCCAGCUCCGAGGAGAGUUUGCAAAAGGUACCAUCGCCCAUAGAGUUUCUUACGUGUUUUCUCGUCAAGAAAUCGCGUGGCUCAAAGUGCUCCAGUCGAGCGGCUGAGCAGCUAAAGAAAUCAUAGAACG